AAGGUGUGGCCUGAUUAAAGAUCCAGAGAGAGCGAGAGACCAGUAAUCCUUCUCCUCAUAUGCUAGUUUGAAAUGAGCUGUCAUCCUUUUUCUGGCUUAGCUGUGUUCAGAUUUCCUCUCUUCUCAGUGCAGACGUGAAACGCAGCAUUUGUUGGGUAUCAACAUGUGGGAUGGUGCCUUGAGAACAGCUGGUUGAUGGGCCCGGGCUGAAGACUUGUGGGAGGCCUUUGAUAGAGUGUUAGGAUGGCCACUGAAGCUUCUACCCUCCCAAGUCCUGUGGUGCGUCAGAUCAACAAACAGUUCCUGAUUUGCAGUAUCUGUCUGGAUCGCUACAACAAUCCCAAGGUCCUUCCCUGCCUCCACACCUUCUGUGAAAGGUGUCUGCAGAACUACAUUCCCGCCCACAGUCUGACUCUGUCUUGCCCCGUGUGCCGUCAGACCUCCAUCCUGCCGGAGAAAGGUGUGGCGGCACUUCAGAGUAAUUUCUUCAUCACCAACCUGAUGGAGGUGCUAAAGAGGAGCCCAGACAUUAACCUCAGUGAGGACUGCACAGACGCUAUCAAUGGAGUGGCCACUGGACAACCACUCUCCUGUCCCAAUCAUGGAGGAAACGUAAUGGAGUUCUACUGUCCACCAUGCGAGACAGCCAUGUGUGAGGAGUGUACAAGCGGCGAACACGCAGAACACGCCACCGUCCCGCUUAAGGAUGUUUUAGAACAGCACAAAGCCUCGCUACAGGAGCAGCUGGACGCCGUCAAAAACAGGCUGCCAGAAAUUGACUCUGCGCUGGAGGUUCUGUCUGAGAUUUUGCAGCAGCUGAGCAAUCAGAAGAGUUCAAUAGAAGAAGUGAUUCAUGCUACUUUUGAGGAACUUCAGAAGACCCUUAAUGUCCGGAAGAGUGUUCUGCUGAUGGAGCUGGAGGUCAACUACGGACUCAAACAGAAGGUGUUGCAAGCCCAGCUGGAGUCGUUGCUGCAGGGGCAGGAGGGCAUAUGCAGCAGCUGCAGUUUCACCGAGCAGGCUCUUAAUCACGGCUCGGAAGCUGAGGUCCUAUUGGUCAAGAAGCAGAUGAGCGAGCGUCUUGACGAGCUGGCCAAUCAGGAGCUCCCUCUUUGGCCAGAGGAGAACAACCAGCUGGACUUCUUGGUGGAGACCGACGGUCUUCGCAAAUCCAUCCACAACCUAGGUGCUAUAGUAACCACCAAUGCUAUAGCCGCAGAAACUGUUGCCACCGGUGAAGGCCUGAGGCACUGCAUUGUGGGACAGCCAACCUCUGUGACGAUAACAACAAAAGACAGAGACGGCGGACUGUGCCGGACAGGAAAUGCUCUGCUCAUAGCUGAUCUUUCUGCCUCUGAUGGCACCACAGUGGGGGAAGGUGAAGUCACAGAUCAUAAAAAUGGCACUUAUGAGUUUGUAUACACGGCCCCGUGUGAGGGCCGCUUCACGCUCUCGCUGAAGCUCUAUGAUCAGCAUAUUAAAGGCAGCCCAUUCAGCAUACGUGCCAACAAAAUGACAGAGAUCUCCCUGACUGCAGACGGAGGCAAGAAACGCCUCAAAUCUCCAGGAAGUAGCCAUGUGAAACAGCGUGCCAUCAAGCGCCCUGCCAGCAUGUACAGCACCGGCAAACGGAAAGAAAACCCAAUUGAAGAUGACCUCAUGUUCCGAAUCGGAACUAAAGGCAGAAAUAAGGGUGAGUUCACCAAUCUGCAGGGAGUUGCUGCUUCUUCUGUUGGCAAGGUCCUGAUAGCAGACAGUAACAAUCAGUGUGUUCAGAUAUUUUCAAAUGAUGGACAAUUUAAGAGUCGCUUUGGAGUGAGGGGCCGAUCACCAGGACAACUUCAACGUCCAACUGGUGUCGCUGUGCACCCCAAUGGUGACAUCAUCAUUGCUGACUAUGAUAACAAAUGGGUCAGCAUUUUCUCCAGUGAUGGCAAGUUUAAGACUAAAAUUGGCUCAGGGAAGCUCAUGGGUCCUAAGGGUGUAUCGGUUGAUAGAAAUGGCCACAUCAUUGUGGUUGACAACAAAUCUUGUUGCGUCUUCAUUUUUCAGCCCAAUGGAAAACUUGUUUCCAAGUUUGGAAACCGAGGCAACAGUGACAAGCAAUUUGCAGGUCCCCACUUUGCUGCAGUGAAUCCAAAUAAUGAAAUCAUUGUGACUGAUUUUCAUAAUCAUUCUGUAAAGGUGUUCAGUCCAGAGGGGGAGUUUCUACUGAAGUUUGGUUCUAAUGGCGAAGGAAAUGGGCAGUUUAAUGCACCGACAGGUGUGGCGGUAGAUGCCAAUGGCAAUAUUAUAGUGGCCGACUGGGGCAACAGCCGGAUACAGGUGUUUGACAGCAGUGGAUCCUUCUUGUCCUACAUCAACACCUCCGCAGACCCUCUGUAUGGCCCACAAGGCCUGGCUCUCACCUCUGAUGGCCACGUUGUGGUGGCAGACUCUGGGAACCACUGUUUUAAAGUAUACCGUUAUCUACAAUAGCACUUAUUCCUUAAAGCUGCCGCCCUCGUGCCAAAUGGGACCCUCAUAUUGCAUUGAAGUUGUCAUUGUAGCCUCGUGACACCCUCACCUUGGAGAGAAGAACAAACUGAAGGAAAUGGGAGUCUGUACCCUGAUCAUAGAGGUUUGCAAACCUAAAAACAUUGAUUUUGCAAUUCAAAGGAAUAAUUCACACAAAAAUAUGAAUUCUGUCUUUUAUUUUAUUUUUUUACCUCAUGUUGUUCAAAAUCCAUAUUAAUUUAUUUUUUUCCAUGGAAUAUAAAAGGCACAUUUUUAAAGAAUAUAGGCGAUUCUGGUCCGUAUUAUUAAAAGUUAAUUGCAACCAUAUAUUCCAAGCCAUACAAAGAGGCUGUGAGGAACAGAACGAAAUUUGUUAUUCGUUGAAAAUCAUCCCUGUAACUCUCAAAUCAAAUAAAUUGCGUAAAUGAUGUUGGCAUUGACGCAUCAUUUUCGUAAUUGAUUUCAGUUUCAGUGAAGAGGAUGAUAAACAAUAUGUGUUCAAUUUUAACUUUUUUAAUUGCCUUUAAUUUGUAUGCAAAUCUGUCAUGACGCAUGAGUUGUAUGGACUACUUUUUCAAUUGUUUUUCCACUUUCAUUAAAUGAAAGAGACUGUUCACAAUACUUAAAAAACCUUUUGUGCUCCAUGGAAGAAUGUCACGAUAAUUUGUAACAGUACGAGGAUGAGUAAAUGAUGACAGAAAUGUAAUUUUUGAUUGAAACGGUCCCUUUAAGAAUGAAACAAUAGAUUUAGGUUAUGCUGUUCUUCACCUUUGACUCAAGAACUGCUAGACAUUAGGGGAAGCGUUUAUGUUUCUACUGUGUGAAUCUGAAUAUUCUUAUUUCAGCACUCAGCUGAUUAAAAAGGGAACUCUUCAAAGUACUGGCAUGUAUAAGAAUGUAAGUAAUGCGUUUCCAAACUGCUAUUAAAUUUUAUAUAUCUAUCUACACAUCAAACAGACAAAAUAAUCUCACUAUGGUGGGCCAGUAUCACCAAUACAUGGCCAGAGUUAUGUUUAAAAGUGAUGUCAGGAAUAUUUAUAACUUAUACCACAAUAUAUGUGCUUCUCUGAUUAUGACUGUGAUGUGCACAACUGUGGUUGGUACAAUGUUUGUAUAAUGCAAUUACUGUACAUCUCUGUAAUCACUUUAACCCAUAAUAUGCAAGAAACAAAUCACUUGAUAUGCUGUUAAGAUAGACAAAAAAACUACCUUUUUAAUAUCACUGCACUGAAUUAAAAAGAUGCUAAUUAAUUUCUCAAUUCAGAGAAUUGCCCAGAAAAAACUCAGUGAUGUAUCAAAUGCAUAAUUCACCCUAUGCACUUUGUGAAUUAGCACCACAAAAAACACGUAUAGUGCUAAUAUUAAAGGGCCCCUGGUUUAACGUUUAUCAGAAGACAUGCAUUAGUUAGUGAUGAUCAUAUGUUGUUGUGAGUGGUUAUUUUGUGUUGUUCAUACUCAUAAUGCUUAAACUGAAAAAGUGCCCUGUGUUCUUUUCAAGUGUACUAAUGCCAAAUGCAGAAAGUAAAUCUUCCUCGUCUCACCGUAUGUCUGUUCUCCUGUACAGUCCCGUUGUCAUAAACGUGGAACUAGUGCUGCUUGUUUGCACAAAAAUAUACACAAUAUUGCAUACAUUCCAAAAUGUAUUUCUUUCCCCUUUACACCCGCAAACCUGAUUUUUGUAGCAAUAAAGCUUGAAUCCUU